AUGGCCAAGGGAAAACCCUCUCGAUGGCACUCUUUUCUGAAUAGUGUUGAAGCCAGGUGUUUAGGGUGGGCUGGAGUGGUCGCCUCCUCUAAGUUAGAAUUGAAGCGCACGAGAUCUGUCGACAAUGAAUACUCAGCAGAAGUUCUUGGCCACUGGGAGCAGAGCAUUUUCAGCAUGGCUCAGCUUCUGUGGCCUACUGGCAACCUGGAUAUCGAGUAUAGUAUUCUCCUGGGGGCAAAAGGAUCAACUCAUGCCCGUCCGGUCACAUGUUAUGCCCGUCUCGUAUGGAAGAAGAAACUUGACGCACCUCACAACGCUUACACCACGCUACAACGAGCCCAUCUCCACAUUUCGAAAAGGAAUUAUGUCGAUCAGAGGUUCUAUGCGAACCGCAUUUGUACCCUACAGAUUCUUGAAAAACAGUUGAUCGAGAAGCUCAAGAAGAAGUUUGGGACUGAUUAUGGGGCUGCUAUGAUCGGGGAAUGGGACAAGAUGGAGCACAUCGAAAAGGCGCCGCCGGCGUACUAA